AUGAAUCGUGCGGAAUACCCUAUCCUCUACGUGGCUAAUGGCAACAGGAACCGAACGCUCUCCAUCCGAAAGAAGGAACCAGCCCGCCACCGCUUCAGCAUGUCCACCUUCCGCGGUCUGCAGACGCCCGAGCUGAGCAAGAAGAUGAGCCGCAUCAUCAAGCAGGAGAACUCGGCCAUCUCAGCCCACGAGGCAGCCGGCCGCGAGCGCGUCAACAUCGCCGCCCAACUCUCCGAAUGGGGCGAAGGCACCGAGGACGAUGCUGUCUCCGACAUUUCCGACAAGCUCGGUGUGCUGAUGGCGGAGAUCGGUGAGCAGGAGGACAACUUUGCGCAGAGCCUGGAGGAUUACCGGGGUAUCUUGAAGCAGAUCCGGGAUACGGAGAGCUCAGUCCAGCCGUCGCGCGAUCAGAGGGCGAAGAUCGCGGAUGAGAUCCAGCGGCUAAAGCUGAAGGGGGAGCAGAGUAACGCCAAGGUGGAAGUUCUGGAGCAGGAGUUGGUGCGGGCUGAGGCGAAUAAUCUGGUUGCCGAGGCUCAAUUGACCAAUGUGACCAGACAGAAGCUCAAGGAGGCUUUUGAUAUCCAUUUGGCCGCAGUCAUUGAGCGCGGAGAGAAGCAGAUUCUGCUCGCGCGUCAUGCUCGCCGUCUCCUCAACCACCUCGAUGAUACCCCAGUCGUCCCUGGUGAUGCGCGACAGCCCUAUGAGCAUGCCGAUGAAGCAAAGCUGAUCCUCGAGGCUGCCGAGAAUGACCUAAAGUCGUGGGAGAGCACUGUCGAACCCAUCCGUACAGCUGCGGGAGAGACUUCCGGCUCGACUCUACUGCCCACUGGAACUGGUAGAGGCCAGGAAGCUCACGUGGAAUCUGUUGCCGGGUCUGACGCAACUGGAGCCGCUGCUGGGGGGGAGUUUGGAGAACCCGGCAGCGUCGCUGGUAAUCUCAACGAAACUGACACCGAGGGCAGAAGCGUAAAGGUGGAUCAGCCACAGAUCGCGGGCGCUACCGGAGCGCAGCCUGUUGCCGUUCCAUACUGA